AUGGAAUCUUCUGGCAAGACGUUUUCUGAGCUAAUUUGCCUUUUGAAAUCCUGGAUCCCUUGGCGCUCUGAGCCAGCUAGCGUGUCAAGGGAUUUUUGGAUGCCCGAUCAGAGUUGUAGGGUAUGCUACGAGUGUGAUUCUCAAUUUACAAUAAUCAACCGCAGGCAUCAUUGUCGACUUUGUGGCCGAGUUUUCUGUGCUAAGUGUACAGCCAACUCAGUUCCUGUUCCAUCAAGUGAUCCAAGGACUGCUCCAGAAGACUGGGAGAAGAUUCGGGUAUGUAAUUAUUGUUUCAGGCAAUGGCAGCAAGGUUUAGCUACUUUUGAUAAUGGAAUCCAGGUUCCUAGCCUGGAUCUUAGUAGUUCACCUUCUGCAGCAAGUUUUAUCAGCACUAGAUCUAGCGGCACAGCUAACAGUAGUAGCAUCACUCUUGGCUCAAUGCCAUACUUAGUUAGGCCUAAUCAGGAAGCUCUGCACAGUUCACAUCUCAGCCCUCCUCUAGCAUCUGAAAUGGAGACCAGUUCUGAUAAGCAAGGGGAAGCGGCAUCAGCUAGGAACAAAGAUCCUGUUGCUGACAUAGAGUAUAGAUCUCCAGAUGGAUAUGCAUUUUCAAUGAACAGAAGUGAUGACGAUGAGUAUGAGUAUGGUGCAUAUCGGUCCGAUUCUGAAACAAGGCAUUUUCCUGAAGUCAAUGAUUACUAUCAUCAAGUUGAGUUUGAUGACAUGAGUAACAACGGUAGAUCUCACCAGUCUCGUCUUGAUGGAGAAACUAUUGACCCAAAAAGUUUAAGCAGUUCUCCAAUGAACCACAGUUUUGGUUCACAGAGUUUAGAAGGAAUGCCACAGCUAAGGAAAAAGGACGAACAAGAGAUGGAUGAUGAAUGUGAAGCACCUUCCUCUAUGUAUACUGGAGAAGAUGAAGAUGAAGAAGAUGAGAAGGAAGUUGGUUUAUUUGAGGAUGAUGAUGAUGACAGGGAUGCUGCAGGUGAGUGGGGAUAUUUACGGGCCUCUGGCAGUUUUGGAAGUGGAGAAUUUCGUAAUAGAGAUAGGUCAAGCGAGGAGCACAAGAAGGUCAUGAAGAAUGUGGUUGAUGGGCAUUUUAGGGCUUUGGUAUCUCAGCUUUUGCAGGUUGAGAAUGUUCCUGUGGGAGACGAAAAUGAUAAAGAGAGCUGGUUGGAGAUCAUCACAUCCUUGUCAUGGGAGGCUGCUACUCUAUUAAAGCCAGAUACGAGUAAAGGUGGAGGAAUGGACCCUGGUGGAUAUGUGAAAGUAAAAUGCAUUGCUUCUGGACGCCGCUGUGAGAGUAUGGUGGCCAAAGGAGUUGUUUGCAAAAAAAAUGUUGCUCAUCGUCGAAUGACUUCAAAAAUAGAGAAACCUCGAUUAUUGAUCCUUGGAGGGGCUCUUGAGUACCAUCGAGUUUCUACUCACCUGUCAAGUUUUGAUACUCUAUUACAGCAGGAAAUGGACCAUUUGAAGAUGGCUGUGGCAAAGAUAGAUGCACACAACCCUGAUGUCCUUUUAGUGGAGAAUUCAGAAUAUCUUCUUGCUAAAGACAUAUCUCUUGUUCUUAAUAUCAAGAGGCCACUUUUGGAACGUAUAGCUCGUUGUACAGGUGCUCAAAUAGUCCCUUCAGUCGAUCAUCUCUCUUCCCCUAAGUUGGGGUACUGUGAAAAGUUCCACGUGGAGAGGUUUUUGGAAGAUCUUGGUACUGCUGGGCAUGGUGGGAAAAAACUGGUGAAGACAUUAAUGUAUUUUGAAGGCUGCCCAAAACCAUUGGGUUUUACUAUUUUACUUAGAGGUGCUAAUGGGGAUGAGUUGAAGAAAGUGAAACACGUGGUCCAAUAUGGUGUUUUUGCUGCAUAUCACUUAGCUUUGGAGACAUCUUUUCUUGCUGAUGAAGGAGCCUCUCUGCCAGAACUCCCGUUGAACUCUCCAAUAACUGUUGCACUUCCAGAUAAACCAUCAAGCAUUGAGAGAUCCAUAUCAACUGUACCUGGUUUCACUAUUGCUGCUAAUGAAAAACCUCAAGGACUGGAAUCUAGCAUUGAGGCUCAAAGAUCCAAUAGUGCCCCUACUGCAAGUCUGGUCUCAACCAUCAUCAGUUCUUCUGUUGAAAAUAUACCAGCAGCAGAUGGUCCCAGCUCUCAAUCCUCAGAAUCUACUUCAUCUCGCUUCAAUUCAACUGAAUUUGUUUCUGCUGUUCCCUAUGCUGUGAAAGUUGUAUCAGAUUCUUACCGCACAUUUGAUGAGAAAAACAAAAUGGAUUCGGGAGCUUCUCUGAUGGCUGAAAUUGCUGCGAUUGAUCAUCUUACUGUUAAUGGCUUUGGGUCUUCAGAUUGUGUUGCAAUGAACUCCUCCCAGAAUGAUUUCAAUGAAAUAAUCGCAACUCAGCCACACAGUUCUGAGGUAUCAUCUGCACAACAAGAAUCUAGAAGGAAUCUUGAGGAGCCAGAACCUUUAAAGGAAGAGUUUCCUCCAUCACCUUCAGAUCAUCAGAGCAUUUUGGUUUCCUUGUCUUCCCGGUGUGUGUGGAAGGGGACAGUCUGUGAGAGGUCCCAUCUCUUCCGUAUCAAGUACUAUGGAAGCUUUGACAAACCUUUGGGUCGGUUUUUACGGGACCAUUUAUUUGAUCAGAGUUAUAGUUGCCGUUCUUGUGAGAUGCCAUCAGAAGCACAUGUUCAUUGUUACACUCACAGACAAGGAACCCUCACAAUAUCUGUUAAGAAGCUACCUGAAAUACUCUUACCAGGUGAAAAGGAUGGAAAAAUCUGGAUGUGGCACAGAUGCUUGAGGUGUCCGCGGAUCAAUGGUUUUCCUCCGGCUACUCGUAGGGUAGUAAUGUCAGAUGCUGCUUGGGGUUUAUCUUUUGGGAAAUUUUUGGAGCUUAGUUUUUCAAAUCAUGCAGCUGCAAGCAGGGUGGCAAGCUGUGGUCAUUCUCUCCAUAGGGAUUGUCUUCGUUUCUAUGGUUUUGGGAAAAUGGUUGCUUGCUUUCGAUAUGCAUCAAUUAAUGUUCUCUCUGUAUACCUUCCUCCCUCAAAAGUUGAUUUCAGCUUUGAGAAUCAAGAAUGGACUCAGAAAGAAACAGAUGAGGUUGUCAAUCGGGCAGAACUUCUAUUUUCUGAAGUACUCAAUGCUCUUAGUCAAAUAUCAGAGAAACGGUGUAAGAUUGGGCAACUUAACAGUGGCAUGAAACUACCUGAAUCGAGACGCCAAAUUGCAGAACUUGAAUUGAUGUUGCAAAAGGAGAAGGCAGAAUUUGAGGAGUCGCUCCACAAAGUCUUGAACAGGGAAGUGAAAAAUGGGCAACCUGUUAUUGACAUUCUUGAGAUCAACAGACUGCGGAGGCAGUUACUCUUCCAGUCUUACAUGUGGGACCACCGUCUGAUUUAUGCAGCCAGUUUAGACGACAACAGCUUCCGUGAUGGUUCAAACAGCUCAACUUCAGGACAUGAGGAGAAGCUACUAGGCUCAGCUAAUGGUGAUAAGCUUGUUGAGGAAAACAUGGCACACAGGCCAGGAAACAGGUUCAGUAGCUGCGACUUUCCUUCUGUUGAUGCCAAGCUCCUUAAAGGCUCUGACCAGCAAGGAGGCUUUGGUAGCAAUACAAACCAAUCUGACACAGUUGGUCAAGAAACGGAUGUGUGUCAAGGUCCUAAUCAUGGAAAAGAAGGCCAAGCUAAUAUUUGUGCUACCAUGUCUGCCUGUGAUCUAUCUGACAUUAAGGAAUCUGGUGGAAAUAUUUUUAGGACCCUUUCUGACGGACAGGUUCCUAUCAUGGCAAAUCUAUCUGAUACCCUUGAUGCUGCAUGGACAGGUGAGAAUCACCCAGGAUGUGGGACAUCAAAAGACGAUAACAGUAGACUUUCUGAUUCAGCUAUGGAAGAGUCUUCAACCACAGCUGUAGGGUUGGAGGGGAUAGAUUUGGAGGGCCAUGUCGAAGACCAAGAUGGAUCCAAAGUGUGUUAUUCACCUUCACCUGCAUUUACUGCCAAGGACCCUGAUAACAUGGAAGAUUCUAUGAGCUGGCUAAGAAUGCCCUUCUUGAAUUUCUAUCGUUCGUUCAACAAGAAUUUUUUGACAAGCUCUGAGAAGCUUGGUACUUUGGGUGAGUAUAACCCUAUCUACAUUUCAUCCUUUAGGAUGUUGGAGCUCCAAGCUGGUGCUAGGCUGCUUCUGCCUGUGGGUGUGAAUGACACGGUCAUUCCUGUGUAUGAUGAUGAACCCACAAGUCUUAUAUCUUAUGCUUUAGCAUCACCAGAAUAUCAUGCCCAACUAACUGAUGAGGGGGAAAGAAUAAAAGACACUGGAGAUUUCAGUUCUUUCUUAAGUUUAUCCGAUACAAUGACUUCUCAGUCAUUCCACGCUUUCGAUGAAGCAACCUUUGAUUCUUACAGAAGUUUUGGAUCAACAGAUGAGAGUAUCUUGUCCAUGUCUGGAUCACGUAGCUCUUUGAUUUUGGACCCACUUUCCUACACAAAGGCUAUGCAUGCCAGAGUUUCUUUCGGAGAUGACGGCCCAUUUGGUAAGGCAAGAUAUUCUGUGACUUGCUACUAUGCAAAGCGGUUUGAAGCCUUAAGGAGGAUAUGUUGCCCAUCUGAACUUGAUUUUAUAAGGUCUCUUAGCCGUUGUAAGAAGUGGGGAGCUCAAGGUGGCAAGAGCAAUGUCUUCUUUGCAAAAACCUUGGACGAUCGUUUUAUAAUCAAACAAGUCACAAAAACAGAAUUGGAGUCGUUUAUAAAAUUUGCUCCUGCUUACUUCAAGUAUCUGUCUGAAUCAAUUAGCUCAAGAAGUCCAACAUGCCUGGCAAAGAUUUUGGGAAUUUAUCAGGUUACAUCGAAGCAUCUGAAAGGUGGGAAAGAAACAAAGAUGGAUGUUCUAGUUAUGGAGAACCUUCUAUUUAGGAGGAAAGUGACCCGCCUUUAUGAUCUUAAAGGAUCUUCCCGUUCACGGUAUAAUCCUGAUUCGAGUGGGAGCAACAAGGUUCUGCUGGAUCAGAACUUGAUUGAAGCAAUGCCAACCUCUCCCAUUUUUGUGGGAAACAAGGCAAAGCGGGUGCUGGAGAGAGCUGUCUGGAAUGAUACUUCUUUUCUUGCAUCAAUUGAUGUAAUGGAUUACUCAUUAUUGGUUGGGGUAGAUGAAGAGAAUCACGAGUUAGUUCUUGGGAUAAUUGAUUUCAUGAGGCAGUAUACUUGGGACAAGCAUUUGGAAACAUGGGUUAAGGCUUCAGGCAUACUUGGUGGGCCCAAGAAUGCAUCGCCAACUGUUAUUUCUCCGAAACAAUAUAAGAAAAGAUUCAGGAAAGCUAUGACUACCUAUUUUCUGAUGGUCCCAGAUCAAUGGUCCCCUCCCUCUAUCAUUCCAAGUAAAUCCCAAUCUGAUUUUGGCGAAGAGAACAUGCAAGGUGCGACUUCAGUUGACUGA